AUGAAUACUGGCGUAAAACGGACCCUCUUCAGAAAGCCGGCCUGGGAUGCGCCCACCACCUCACUCCCAGAUGACUCCUCCAUUUUCGGACGGAGUGUUGUGUACGAUGAUAUCCUGCGGGCCGAGCAAGCGAAAAGAGAGAGAAAGGCGGCCAAGGCCAAGACUUGCACAGAUAAAGAGAAAGGGAAAGGGGAGGGACUAGAGACGAAAAGGAGAAGAAUAUCAAUCGAUGAUGAGGACGGGGCCAACCAGAACAGGGAGGAAGAUUCGCGAAGCAAUUUAAGUCAGACAAGGACGAAAAACAUAACGAAACGUCGAGAUGGACCCGUGACGCGGAGUACACCUCAGGAGGCGAAGCAGUUGGCGGAAGGGCGAAAUGCUUCACCUCGAACAUACCGGUCUCCGCGACGAGGGCGGGGUGUAGGAGAUGUGACUGUACUAGACGACGAUGCUGACCAGGUCGAAGACGAUGAAUUGGUGAUGUUGACGCCCCCCAAACCAACGAAGACAUCGCCUACGAAACGCCAAUCAAAACCGCCAUUAGACGUCGAGGAUUCGGAAGAGGAGGAUGAAUACCUGCGUGAAUUGAAACAGAAGGCACGCGAAAAAGCCCGACUUCAGCGACAAGGCGUCGAUUCGGAGCGGUCGCGCACACCAACCACGUCGUCCUUGGCUUUGAAUCGGAACGCAAGAUCAUCAUCCACAGAGCAGAACGAUAGUCGUCCAAUCUCUGCUGGUUCAGCUCGAGAGUCCGCCAGGACCACACCUGCCUCUGAGCCUGAAGAUGAUCCGCGGGUCAAGAUCCUCAUCCAGUCAGAAAUACCGAAUACAAGGCCCCUGAUCGUCAUGCGCAAAGCUUCACAGUCUCUAAAACAGGUGAAAGAGUACUGGUGCAUGAAAUCGACGUUGGACGAAUCCACGGCCAAAAAGGUCUUUUUCACCUGGAAAGACACGCGAUUAUUUGACUCGACCACCAUGCGAGGCAUCAUCCGCCAACUCAAGCAAGACCACUACCGUCAGCAAAGCGUCAGUCUCGACCAAGAUGACGAGGAUGACGACCACAGCAGUGCCGUCCAAGACCCGAGCAAAGGGAACAUCAUACUCGAGGCCAUGACGCAAGAGAUCUACGAGAACAAAAUGCGACAGAAAGAGCAGGGCCGGAAAACGGAGACGUCUGCGGAUGAAGAGCAAGAAGAUUAUUACGAGGGCGAUUCUUCACGGGCAACCACGGGCAUGAGAGACGGUGCCGAGGCAGAGGAUCAGUCCAGCAGCGCCAUCGUGAUUUGUCUAGUCAGCCAGACUCUCGAACCCAUGCAGUUGCGAGUGCGACCACACACGACCGUGGCAAAGAUCAUGCGUGGCUUUGCGGCGAUGAGGAAAAUCGAAGAGGGCAAGACACCGUGGUUGAUUUUUGACGGAGACCGCUUGGACCCCGACGAUACUGUGGAACAAGUUGGUUUGGAGAAUGAUGAUAAGGUCGAAGUACGUAUCCGAUAA